AUGGUUACCUUAAGCAUUCUGUUGCUUCUUAUAGCUACUUCAUUCUCAUAUAUGAGAAUUCCUCUCAAUUGGCUGGACAAAGAAGAAUUAGCCACCGCAAUACCAACUACUCUGCCUACAACCCAGCUAAUAUCAGAAUCCUAUUUCAACAACUACCUCAACAAGCAAUAUUCAAUUCAAAUCUACGCUGGCUCUCCUCCUCAGCUAUUAAUGUUCAAGUUAGCACAGGAUCUCCUUGGCUUUGGAUUCCUUCGAUUAAAUGCAAACUUUCAUGCCACCAGGCUACGAAUUAUUUUGAUUCUAAUAGCAGCUCGACUUAUAAAUAUAUAG